UCAAGGCGCUUCCUCGGCAAUCUGAAAAUGGAAGGGAUUGGGGUGGCUGGGGAGUUGGAGGAGCUCACUGGAGCUCAGGUUAUAGCAGAUGCUUUGAGAGAACAGGUGAGUGAUAUUAGUAGCAUUAAAUUUAUUCACCGACAUGAAGAUGAAAGCCGUGAAACCAUUGCAAUAUUUUAACAGUGCCACUUUGUAACUAUGAUUAGUAGUUACAAGAGCCUUCGACUCUUCGACCAGACUCACUACCAGACCCACAUGUACCUUUCCCACCCACCUGGCUUCACCUUCUAGCCACCCUACUUCCCCUUUCUCCACCUUUUUCUUCCGGCAUCUUCCCCCUCCCUUUCCAGUCCUGAAGAAGGGUCUCGGCCCGGAACGUUGACUUUAUUUCCAUAGAUGCUGGCUGACUUGCUGAGUUACUCGAGCAUUUUGUGUGUGUUGCUUUGGAUUUCCAGCAUCUGCAGAAUUUCUCCUGCUUAUGAUCCACUCACUGGCGGGUCCACUCACCAAGCAGGUCAAGCAGCAUCUGUUAGGGGCAAGGAGAAUUAUGAUAUGCUGAUGCAGGAUUUCCACCCGAAAGGUCAAUAAUUUCUUUCGCACUUUCCCCUUUCCACGGAUGCUUCUUGAGUCUCUGAGUUCCUCCAGCAUUUUGUUUGGAAUAGCCAAUCUGUGGUAUACUAUACUUCUGUAGUUUAUUCAUCAAUGCUUUUAGUUGAUGUGUUUUAACUUAAAAUCACUUACCUUUUCAUGCUUAGACUUUUUUGCUCUUUAAAUUUUUUACCAUUUUGUAUCUUAAUAUCUCAAAUUAUCACACAUUCCUCUUAUUAAAACUAAUUCUGCUAAAUGGUGUUCUCUUGAGGACAUUACAAUCCUCCCUAUUUUUGUGUACCCAAAUAUUUGGAUAGCGAGCCUUUUUUUUUAAUCUGGAGCCUGAUCUUGUUUUGAAGUUAUCAGCAGGACUGACUCCAAUAAUGACUCCUGGAACCUAAGCCAUAUGUAUUAUCGGAUGAUUAUUAAGCAAGAUCAAUUGUGCCAAGUAUGAGGCAAUAACCCUGUGAGUCUAGUCUUAUCAGCCUGCCACAGGAUUGGGAAAAAUGAUAUUCCACUGUUGAUGAGCUACCAUCAUCACUGGACUCUUAUUGUUUGUCAUUUUCUGGCUUCAUUAUUCUGGAAGAACCAGCUGUCCAAAUUUUCCUAAAUGUUUCUUUCAUGGUCAGAGUCUGGAACACAGGAAAUAAUGAAGAAAUAUUGCAACAACAGAAAUGCUCAGUGCCUCUCAGACCGCGGGGGGUGGGGGGGUGGUGGUAUGAGAACACCUAUCACUGAUCGACCCAAAGAUUCAUCAUAAAUUCAGAUAGAAAGAGUCUGAAAUGAAAAUAUUGUGCAGCAUCCGCAGAGAGAAGAAGCAAAGUUAACAUUUUUGAUGAAAUUAUAGAAUUGGAAAGAAAACUAAAAUGAGAAAAGCGGGUAAUGGGCAAGAAGAAAUGCAUGAACAUUCCGAAUGAUAGAAGUGAUGGCAAAAUGGGCUGGCAAUAAAAGACAUAUUCAGAACAGAGCAACACCGUGGUGCAGUCAGCCUCCGCUUCAGUGACCUGGAUCCAAUCAAUCCUGACCUCUGCUAUUGUCAGUGUGGUGUUUGCAUGUUCUCCCCGUAACCAUGUGAGUUUCCUCCAAGUAUUCAGUUUCCUUCCACAACCCAAGAAUACAAAGGUUGGUAAUGUAAUUGACCUCUGUAAAUCCCCCCUUCGAGGGAUGUGAUGAUGUGGUCUGUACGGGUGGCUCAGUGCAGCUCAUGACACGUGACAUCAUAAACUGAUAUGAUCAAGAAGCUGAAUCUGGGGAGAGUUUGAUCAGAAUUGGGGAGGGGAAAGUAAAGUGGGUGAGCAUAGGAUUAUAUACAUUAAUAAGCAGUGCAAAAAAAAAAAAAAAGUGGUGAGUUAGUUUUCAUGGGUUCAAUGUCCAUUUGGAAACAGAUGGCAGAGGGAAAGAAGCUGAUCCUGAAUCAUUGAGGCUUCUGUACCUCCUUCCUGAUGGUAGCAAUGAGAAGGUGGCAUGUCCUGAGUGAUGGGGGUCCUUGAUGAUGGACACCGCCUUUUUGAGGCACUGCUCCUUAAAGAUGUUCUGAAUGCUACAGAGGCUGUUGUCCGUGAUGAAGCUGACUAUUUUUACACUCUGCAGCUUACUUUGAUCUUGUACAGUAGCCUCAUCCCCCCCAUAUCAGACAGUGAUGCAAUCAGUUAGAAUGCUCUCCACGCUACACCUCAAAAGUACAUUCAAUGUCAGAGAAAUGUAUACAAUAUACAUCCUGAAAUCCUUUCUCCUUGCAAACAUCCACAAAAACAGAGGAGUGCUGCAAGGUAUGAAUGACAGUUAAAUGUUAGAACCCCAAAGCCCCCCCAUCCAUAAGUAGCAGCAAACCAAUGACCCCCACUCCCCACCAGCAAAAAAAAGCAUCAGCGCCCCCCGACCAAGCACUCAAGUGUGCAGCAAAGCAUCGAUAAAGACACAGACCUGUAGUACCCCAAAGACUACUCGUUCACCCGAUAAUUUGACAGGCUCUCUCGCUCUCUCCCUAAUAAGGGAAAAAGAGGUGUCCCCGUUUCACAGCAAACGGGGGGGGGGGGAAACAUAACAAAAUUUAUGGUGAUUUAUGGUGUUAAAAGUCUGUUGUGUCACUUCACUUGAAGGAGACUAGUGUUGAAAUUGCAGGGGCCCUGGAGGUUAUCUUUAAAAUGUCAGUAUCUACGGGUGAGGUGCCGGAGGAUUGGCGGAUAGCUCAUGUUGUUCCGUUGUUUAAAAAAGGCUCUAAAGGUAAUCCGGGAAAUUAUAGGCCGGUAAAUUUGACGUCGCUAGUAGGUAAAUUAUUGGAAGGAGUACAAAGAGAUAGGAUCUACAAGUAGUUGGAUAGACAGGGACUUAUUAGGGAAGAGUCAAUAUGGCUUUGUGCAUAGUAGGUCAUGUUUAACAAAUCUAUUAGAGUUUUUUGAGGAGGUUACCAGGAAAGUGGAUGAAGGGAAGGCAGUGUAUGUUGUCUGCAUGUAUGUUGUCAAAGGCCUUUGACAAGGUCCCGCAUGGGAGUUUGGUUAGGAAGAUUCAGUAGUUAGGUAUUCAUGGUGAGGUAGUAAAUUGGAUUAGACAUUAGCUCAAAGGGAGAAGUCAGAGAGUGGUGGUGGAGGAUUGCUUCUCUGAGUGGAGGCCUGUGACUAGUGGUGUGCCACAGGGAUCAGUGCUGGGUCCAUUGUUAUUUGUCAUCUAUAUCAAUGAUCUGGAUGAUAAUGUGGUAAAUUGGAUCAGCAAAUUUGCUGAUAAUACAAAGAUUGGAGGUGUAGUGGACAGUGAGGAAGGUUUUCAAAGCUUGCAGAGGGAUUUGGACCAGCUGGAAAAAUGGGCUGACAAAUGGCAGAUGGAGUUUAAUACAGCCAAGUGUGAGGUAUUGCACUUUGGAAGGACAAAUCAAGGCAGAACAUACAAAGUAAAUGGCAGGGCACUGAGGAGUGCAGUGGAACAGAAGGAUCUGGGAAUACAGAUACAAAAUUCCCUAUAAGUGGCAUCACAGGUAGAUAGGGUCGUAAAGAGAGCUUUUGGCACAUUGGCCUUUAUAAAUCGAAGUAUUGAGUAUAAGAGUUGGGAUGUUAUGGUGAGGUUGUAUAAGGCAUUGAUGAGGCCGAAUUUGGAAUAUUGUGUGCAGUUUUGGUCAUCGAAUUACAGGAAGGAUAUUAAUAAGGUUGAAAGAGUGCAGAGAAGGUUUACAAGGAUGUUGCUGGGACUUGAGAAACUGAGUUACAGAGAAAGAUUGAAUAGGUUAGGAGUUUAUUCCCUGGUGUGUAGAAGAAUGAGGGGAGACUUGAUAGAGGUAUAUACAAUUAUGACGGGUAUAGAUAGAGUGAAUGCAAGCAGGCAUUUUCCACCGAGGCUAGGGGAGAAAUAAACCAGAGGACAUGGGUUAAGGGUGAAGGGGCAAAAGUUUAAAAGGAACCUGAGGGGGGGCUUCUUCACACAGAGAGUGGUGGGAGUGUGGAAUGAGCUGCCAGUUGAAGUGGUGAAUGCAGGCUCACUUUUAACAUGUAAGAAAAACUUGAAUAAGUACAUGGAUGAGAGGUGUGUGGAGGAAUAUGGUCCAGGUGCAGGUCAGUGGGACUUGGCAGAAAAAUGGUUCGGCAUAGCCAAGAAGGCCUGUUUCUGUGCUGUAAUGUUCUAUGGUUUUUCCGAGCUCUGGGCACACAGCCAACAGCCAGCUUGUGCUUUUGAUCUUCCGUGUUCUUCCACAACAUAUCAGACGGCAGUAUCGACCCCAAGUCCACCCGCCUCCAGAGCCACGAAAUCCUGGAACCCUGAAGGGUAUUCAAUACAUGUUUGGUGUUGUUGGUAUCCCAGUGAUUGAAAUUGCUAUGGCAGCCCAAGCUGUUGGAAUGAAGUACAUUGGAAUGAGAAAUGAACAAGCUGCUUGUUAUGCAGCUUCUGUGGUGGGAUAUUUAACAGGAAGACCAGGAGUUUGCCUUGCAGUCUCUGGGCCAGGUCUUAUUCAUGCUCUGGGAGGAAUGGCAAAUGCAAACAUGAACUGCUGGCCUGUUAUUGUCAUAGCAGGAUCAUCUGAUACAAAUCAGGAAACGAUGGGUGCUUUUCAGGAGUUUUCACAGGUGGAGGCAUGUAGACUCUACAGCAAAUUCUCGGCUAGACCAAGCAGCUUGAGAUUUGUACCGGCCAUUAUUGAAAAGGCAGUUAGAAGUAGUAUGUAUGGGCGUCCAGGAGCCUGCUAUGUUGAUAUCCCUGGAGAUAUGGUGACUUCAAAAAUCCACACUGCCUCGCUGAGAACUGUUCCGUGUUGUCCCCAUCCUCCAUUGGCUUCAGCAAAUCCCACUGCAGUGAGAGAAGCAGUUUUGAUCAUUAAGAAUGCCAAGAAGCCCCUUGUUAUCAUCGGAAAAGGUGCAGCCUAUUCUCGUGCUGAGGAAUACAUUAGCAAGCUUGUAGAUGUCUGUGGAUUGCCAUUUCUGCCUACUCCAAUGGGGAAAGGUGUGAUACCUGAUGACCAUGUAAACUGUGUCUCUGCAGCCAGAUCCAGAGCCUUGUUGAAUGCAGAUGUGAUUCUGCUGUUGGGAGCCAGGUUAAACUGGAUGUUGCAUUUUGGCCAUCCGCCACGAUUCCGAUCAGAUGUGAAAAUCAUACAGGUAGACAUUUGUGCUGAAGAAUUAGGAAAUAAUGUGAGACCUGCUAUAGCCUUACUUGGUGAUGUGAGAUCUGUUGUUCAGCAGUUAUUGGAUUUCUUCAGGAUUGCACCAUGGUUUUACCCAUCCAACUCUGAAUGGUGGUUAUUUCUGAAGGAGAAAAUGAAAGCUAAUGAAGAAAUAUCUAAGGCAAUGGCAGUAAAGGACUCUCUGCCUAUGAACUACUACACUGUUUUCCACACCAUUCAACCACUGCUGACAAAAGAUUGUAUUAUUGUUUCUGAGGGUGCCAACACCAUGGACAUUGGCCGUACCAUCCUCCCUAACUACUUGCCAAGGCAUAGGUUGGAUGCUGGCACUUUUGGUACCAUGGGGGUAGGCCUAGGUUUUGCCAUAGCUGCAGCGUUGAUUGCCAAAGAUCAGACUCCACGUCAACGUGUUGUCUGUAUUGAAGGAGACAGUGCAUUUGGGUUUUCUGGGAUGGAAGUGGAGACCAUGUGCAGAUAUAAUCUGCCAAUAAUAAUCAUUGUAGUGAACAACAAUGGAAUUUAUUGUGGAAUGGAUGAGUGCUCCUGGAAACAGAUGGCAGAAUUGGGUGAGCCUUCAAUUGUAUCCCCUCCCACAAGCCUCAUGCCUAAUGCUCAUUAUGAGCAGGUGAUGACUGCAUUUGGGGGCAAAGGUUACUUUGUACAGACACCAGAAGAACUAAAGAAGGCAGUUGUUUCAUGUUUGGAUCAGGAGAAAAUGCCGUCUCUUAUUAAUGUGAUGAUUGAUCCAUCAUCUGACAGAAAGGCACAAGAUUUCACCUGGCUGACUCGCUCCAAAGUGUGAAUUGAAUGACUUGUGAAGAGGUGUUGUAUUUACAUAGCAAGCAAAAUCUCAGAUUAAAUCAGGCUAAACAAACCAAACAAGCAAGUUUUUUAUACUUAAGAUUCUGCAAAUAUAUUAAGAUAUAUAAAAAGGAAAAUAUGCUACAAACUUUUGGGUGAACAAUGAAGCCUUUGGGGUAACUGCAAGUCUGUGUCUUUGCUAUUGCUUUGCUCAGGCUUGAGUGCUGGUAGCGGGUGCAUUUUAUUUUUGCCGGAGGGGGAGGGGGAUUGUUGCUUGCUGCCGCUUACGUGCGAGAGGAAGGGGAACUGGGGAGGAGACUUUGGGGUUCUAACAUUUAACAUUUUCUUUGGGCGCACUCCUCUGUUUUUGUAGAUGAUUGUGAAGAAAAAGCAUUUAAGGAUGUAUACUGUAUACAUUUCUCCAACAUUAAAUGUGCCUUUGAACCUUUGAAAUUCUGAAAUCUCGAUGAAAUUGAACGCUAAUUUUCUUUGAGCUUGGAAUUGAUUCUGUUAGGUACUUGUGCCUUUCUGAUGGGAUAAAAUUAACUUAUUGGUGCUAUUUAAAAUAUACAUCUAAGGAUAUAAAGUUGGCCAGGAGUGCUCGUAAAAUUAGCAUUCAGUCUCAUCAGUAAUUAGUAUAUCAACAAGUGGGUAGAAUUAUUAAGUUGUACUAGUAGCUCAAAAUAUCAUUAUCACCAAUAUGAACUACUAGUAAAAUGUGUACUUUCUGUAUUUGUACCAGAUGAUACUCAUUUUUGUAUUUUUUCAUUUUUAAUCUUGAUUACAAAAUGAGUAAUACAUUAUAUAAUAUUUCAAAAAUUCAAAGUACAUUUAUUGUCAAAGUAUGUAUGCAAUAUACAACCCUGGGGUUCAUCUUCCCACAGACAGCCACGAAAGAAAGAAAACCAGGGAACCUGUUCAAAGAAAAACAUCAGCGCGCCCCCCCCCCCGACUCGUUUAAAGAAAACAAAUCGUGCAAACAGCAAAAAAAAAGAGUGAGAAGCACAGAAUGUGAAACACAAACCCACAAAGGUCAUUGGAUGAGUCCAGCCCUAUUCAGUUCAGUUCAGUUCUAUUCAGUCUAGUGCUGUGUCAUUCGAUAUCUGCAGGCCACCCCAAUCAAAAUUGCACAAAACAGCAGAAACCCAAAACACAUCGUAACGUGAACUACAGAAUCCAGUCCACAAACCACGUUGAUUAAACUUCGCCGAAGACCCAGGAAUCCGGCAUCGUCUUCCAAUAGCAUCAGGGAUAGAGAGACGAAAUCAGCGAGAAAAGGAGCGGUUCAUGGGCUUGCACACACUGUCUUCAUCCCCGAGGCCGCUCGCCUUCUGGAACCAUCUCAAAGACAGCAAAGAGCCAGAUCGCUCAAUCAUCCUGAAAGCCCACCACCAAAAUGUAGACCACAGGUUCCAGCAGUAGCAGAACCCAUUUGAAAGAAAAAGAAGACAUAAAAGAAGUGAAAUAAAUAGUUUUGUGAACUGUCUGAAGGAUGUCACCUUUGGUCGCACUGUUUGCUGGUGCCAUUUUCUUCUGGAUAACUUGUAAAGUGUUAUAUCCUGGCCUAAUUUAGUUGAGAAGUUGUAUUUCAUUGAGGUAAAUAAAACUAAGCUUUUUUUCACUUUGCAGAGGUUCCUUUGUAAUAUAAUUUUAAGUAUUUAAAGAGCUAAGUUACCUGAUGCAUGUUUGAGAAAUGAAGUACAAUGCAGUAUAUUAAAUACAAGCAAUAUACUUUCAUUAACCUCUUGAAGAAGAAAGCUUUUAGGGAUAUUUAAUAUUUAUUUCAUUGCCAAUUUAACCUUGAGAGUUUACAUGACUCAUAAAAAGGGGCCAUUAAUCAAGAACAGCACACAUAAAAUGCUGGAGGAACUCAGCAGGUCUGGCAAUGUCUAUGGAAAGGUCCAAAGCGUCCACUAUUAAUUUCUUUCCAUAGAUGUAGCCUGACCUGCUGAGGUCCUCCAGCAUCUUCAGAAUCUCUUAUGCUUGUGGCCAUCAAUCAAGUUUUAGUUUUCUGUGCAUAGAUAGCAUUGCUAGAUCAUAAGAAAACUGAUAAUAACAAAUGUAAACACUAAAUUUAGAGCCAGUCCGUUUCUCUUUCUAUUUAUUGUAUUUAUUUUUUAAGUCAUAUUUUAAUUAGUCUUUGGAUGUCAUGGGCAUAAAAAUAGGUGCAUUGAUUGAAUUUAAAAAUAGGAUUCUAGAUAAUUGGAGCAAGUAAAAGGGCCACUAAUUGGGCAGGUAGUUCACAUGUCUCUAGUAUAUCUUUGACAUCUAUAACCUCAGGGAGGUUGGUGCUAAUUAGUUAAACUUAGAGUUAAAAUGAUAUUGAGCAAGCAAGGUAAAAAGAUACUGAUGAAGCAUAUGAGGCUUUAAAAUUUUAAUAUUUCAAUGAUAUGUAAUACUGUACAUCAAAUGAGCAUUCUAGGAGUUUAAGUCUGUUACUUGCAUUUUAUUUGAUCUUCUGUAACUAACAGUGGUGUCAAGACAAUUGAAAUUAUAACUAGCAAAAAGAAUGGUCUUCAGAGCUGAAGUUCUCUUGAUUUUAUUCAUUAUUUGAAGGACAAUAUAUGUGGUCACUUUGGACCUUGAAGUUUUAAAAAUUGAAAAAAAAUUCUGAGAAAUUGUUUGAUUAUACAGGUGUGUGACAGAUCUGUGCAAAUUAGUUUGAACUUUGCAAUAUGGCAAUGUGAGUGGAGCAAAAUUGAGCAAAAUCUGCACCCAAGGCUUUACAUUAUUUUAUGACUUCGUUCCCUUUGCACUACAUGCCUUACAAGCCACUGAUCAAGAACUGUCUUAGUGUCACAGCCAAGGUAUUUGCUAUCUUGGCUCUCUUAAUACUUUAUUUUAAUGAAUAUUAAUGAAAGCAGCAGUAAAGUUAUAUUAAAAAUGAAGAGUAUCAUACUUUGUGAAUCAUUACUAUGUUGACCAAAAACAGGAUGUACAGUUAGCUAUUUAUUGUGCCAAAGUUAAAAAUUGUUUAUCCAAUGUAUAUCAAAAAGUCAUUUUGUCAUCUUAACUUUAUCAUUGCCACUUCCUCCAACUCUUUCUAUUCUGUAAUGUUUACAACACCAAGGGGCUAUUACAUUGACGUUCCAUUUGCACCAUUCCCAUAGGGACCAAUGAAUCACUUUUGGUGGUUUUUACUGUGUGCAAAGAGUGUUCCAUUUACUUGAGGCUCUCUAUGGGCAUUCUAAGCUAGAAAUACUAACUGCUUUAAGUCCAUCCACAUUAAUGUUAAUUUACCUGCAGAGAUCAGUAUCCUGUUUUCGUUCUGGAAUAACACAUUUGAAUGGCAUAAAAUUCGUUAGAGGAUACUAAUAUUGAAAUUGGAUUGAUAAACAUGAGAAAUUCUAGAAUCAUGUUGAACUCAUGUCAAGGUUCCAGCAGAAUGUACCAGAAUAGGCAUUUUUUUCUUGUGAAUGGUUACUCAUUUUACUAUAUAAUUAUUGGUGAAGUGUUUUUGAAUAUUCCAAGAGAAUGUUUUAUGGGCAAGGUUUUAUUUUCUCAGAUUUCUUUGCAGAUGUGUUGAUACAGAUUAGAUAACUGAAUACUACUUUCGUACUAGCAUUUAGGAUAUGAAUUCUGUAAAUCACUAAUCAGUAUCAGAGCUACAAUAUAUUGUAAAAGUACAUGUAAAGUUUUUUUAACUAAUUCCAUGAUUUAAUUAUUUGUCCAAUAUGCAAGUUAGAGGAUCAAUAUCCAGGAGUAGAAAUUUUUUUGAACUGCCAAUGCUGGAAAUCUAAAAUUAAAACAGAAAAUGUAGGAUCACUCAACAGCUCAGGCGGAAUCUGUAAUGGAGUAUUUCCAUAAAUUUUUGUUUUUAUUUUAUAAGGAAUUUCCAUAUUCUGUCAUUAUGUGUAUCCAGAUACUGGGAAGUUUGCAGUAACAUCCCAGAUUAAAUCUUGUUGCUAUAUUAAUUAUAUCGCAGGUGGGUUCCAUAACUCUCAUUUGUUAUUUACAGAUUGCUGAUUUAAUGCUCUUGUUUAGAAAUUCAGUGGCUACUAAAUAAAUUGAAAUGCUAAAUUGA